UCUCGAAUCCAGACGUCUCCAGCUUGCAGCCAUCGACCACCUAUGGCGGACGGGACGACGCAAUCCGCGCUGUUGGAAGCGGACAGGGAGCCAUGGAAUCUCUUCGCACGCAAGGAGCUGAAGGUGAUGUGGGGGUUGGCCUGGCCAAUCGCGAUGAGUAUGUUUUGCCGCUUUGCGAUGAUGUCGUGUGACUCCGCUGCUGUUGGCCACUUACAGACGCGCCCAUUGAUGGCUGAAGAGCCGACCCGGACCAUGUAUUCUAUGCCAUCCCUUUUGUCGCCUCUGGAGAUGCCGAUGGCCUUCCCCCAAGCAGUCACGGUCGUUGGAGCCGAUAGUGCCGCGGGAGAGACCGUGUACCCCAGCCGACAAUACUUGGCCGCCUCCACCUUGUCAGACAUGGUGACGAAUCUUUUGACCACACCUCUCUUGGCCAUGGCCUUCGGCCUGAAUCCACUCAUCGCGCAGUCCUAUGGCUCGGGGAACUUCCACAUGGUUGGAACCUGGCUGAAGCUCAGCGCGUUUUGCGUGACUUUGGCCACGAUUCCUUUCAUGGCGGGCUUUUUCUUUGUGGACCAGAUGCUCUUAGCCGUGAAGUUUGACCCAGAAGUGUGCUAUCUCGCUGGCGUCUACGCCCGGUUCAACGCGAUCUGGGUGAUUCCGAAUAGCUGGUAUGUGACGAUGCGGAUCUACUUCCAAGCUCAAGGAAAGGCGCGGCCUGCCAUGUGGUUUGGCUUGGUGUUCCUCUUUGUGAACGCGCUUUUCCUGUGGCUCUUAGUCUUCGGCGGCCCCACGCACGACCUCUUCCGCAUCGGCGGGCUGGGCUUUCUUGGAGCGGCCGUAAGCAUCAGUGCUUCCAGGGUGGCCCAAUGCUUGUUCUAUUGGUUGUACAUGUUUGUCUUCAAGAAGGAACAUCACAAGACCUGGCCGGGCAUGGGCUUCGACUUUUUGCAUCGAAAGUAUGUGAAGCCCUACCUGCAGCAAGUCCUACCACAAGUUGCCAGCAUGCUUUUGCAGUUCCUCAUCAGCCAAUCGACCACCUUGCUGGUGGGCAAACUGGGUGUCUUGCAGGUCGACGGCGCCACCGCCGCGACCCAAGCCACCGUGCCCUUCACGAUUUGUUUAUUGAUCACCUUCGCAUCCACCACAGCUAUUCGAGUUGGAAUGAAGUUGGGCCAGGGCCAUGCAGAGGAUGCGGCGCGAACGGCUUGGCUUUGCCUCCUUUGCCAAGCGGCACUUACAGUCGUGUUCGGUGCAGCGGUUUUGCCCAUGCGCAAGGAGCUCAUGAAGAUGUUCUCCAACGACCCUGAGGUUCAGCAGCUCGCCUCCGAGCUUUUGAUCCCCAUCGUGUUGAACUUCCUCUUCGCCGGCGUGGUGAGCACGGCCAACGGUGGGAUCUUAGCCUCGCAGGGACGGACCUCUUUGAGUGCCAAGAUGGUGAUGUUCUUUGAGCUUCCUUUUUUGCUGGGGCCCAUCGUGAUCCUGGUCUUGGUCUUCCACGCUGAUGUCCACCUCGUCUAUUGGACGCAAGCCGCCGUGACCUUGUUCGAGUGCUUCGUGCUCCUCGUGAUCAUCUACUACAGCGAUUGGCCCGCCUACGCAGACGCGGCCCGCGCGCGGAACCAGCAGCCACCGGCGCCGCGUGUGGAGAACACGGCCGAGGAGGAAGCUGCCGCAUGAGCGUGGUUUCCGGACGUAGCUGUGGUAACUCGUGAGACUCAGUUCUUCAGCAGGGUUAACUCUCAAGAAGGAAGAAAGACGUUUACAGUCCAGUUUAGCAGCACCACACCUUCAGUUUGUGUGCCC